AACAGUGGGUACCAGUUUUAUGAAGGAUAAGAACUUGAGGGCCAGGACCCUAGGGUCCUCUUCUACAUUUUAGUGCAGUCCUCUUGCUGUUUUCUCGGUUUCCCUGUUAGUACCUUGAAGAGUCUUCCUCUCAGGAAAAAGGAGACACCAGGAAGGGGCUGUCCAAGUCACGCUGGGACUCAGAAUGGGGCCAUGGCACUUAACCAUAGCUUGCUCGGAGCCUCUGCCCUGCUGCCUCUGGUGUGGGAGACUGAGGGGGUUCAUCUGUGGUCCUGCCCUGGCUCUCGCCCCAGCCCCACCCCUUCCCCAGCUCUCCAUUUCUUGCUUAUGAAAUAUGCAUGGAGAACAGAUGUCCCUGCUCCCCCACUCCCCGCCCCCCCAGGGCCAGCCCCCGCCCCCAGCUCCCGGGGGGUUCCCAGAUCCCUCUGCCAAUGGCUGCGUGGCCUGGCUGUUUAAUAUUGAUGAAGGGGGGUGGGCCUGGGCCAGCCAAUGGAGAGCUGGGGGUGUGUGUGUGUAUCUCCAUAUAUAUACAUAGGGCUGGGCCAGCUCAGGUGUGUAUGUGUCUGAGGGUGUGUGUGUGAGUGUGGCUGGCCUCAGUACCCUGCCAAGCCUACCACCUCCACCUGGGCCCUACACCGCCACAAUGUGUACCCCUCUUAUCUGCCCUGGAGCCUGUACAGCCAUGCCACGCUGCCCCUGAGAGUCUAGAAAGCUGGUCACUAACUUUGCAGACGGAUGAGCCCUGAGCACCCAGAGGAGACUGGGGCUGUCAGCGCUGCCCCUUGUGCUGCCGGCUUGGAUCCCCUGACAGGGUCCUUCUAGGCUUCAGACUAGAACCCUGACCAUGGAACCCUGAAGUGGCAGUGACUUCUAGAGCUCAGUGGCAGACCCGACGACCCCAGGCCCUUCCUCCCCCUCCCACCACCAGCUUUCAAGCUCCCAGAGGGAGGGGUGGGGAGGGGAUCCUGAUCUCGCAGGGCAGGGGGCUUCCAUCAUGAUGCUCAACUCAGACACCAUGGAGCUGGACCUGCCGCCCAACCACUCAGAGACUGAGUCGGGCUUCAGUGACUGUGGGGGCGGGGCGGGCCCUGAUGGUGCUGGGCCUGGGGGUCCGGGAGGGGGCCAGGCCCGAGGCCCAGAGCCGGGAGAGCCUGGUCGGAAAGACAUGCAGCAUCUGAGCCGCGAGGAGCGCCGGCGCCGGCGCCGCGCCACAGCCAAGUACCGCACGGCCCAUGCCACGCGAGAGCGCAUCCGCGUGGAAGCCUUCAACCUGGCCUUCGCCGAGCUGCGCAAGCUGCUGCCCACGCUGCCCCCCGACAAGAAGCUCUCCAAGAUUGAGAUCCUGCGCCUGGCCAUCUGCUAUAUCUCCUACCUGAACCACGUGCUGGACGUCUGAACUCGGCCUGUCUCCCACCUCCCGGACUUCUCUGGGGCCCCUUUCCACCGCUCACUGCUUAGAAUGGCCGCAUCCUCCCUGAGCCCUUAAACCUUGGCAUGGAGUCCCAAAGGCCCUGGGCCCAGGCAGAGAGCCCAUGGGCUGGUCAUGAGGGCAUCUUUCUUUCACUGACCCAGGCACCUCGAGGGCUUUUCUCCUGGGUUCCUCCCGGGGUUUAUUGCUGAGGCCCUGCUGUGCAGAAUUGUCUGCUAGUGUGGUUGGUAUGGAAUCCUUGCUAGCUUUACUAAGCCAGCCGCACUUGGAGUCUGCCCCCAAGCUCUCCCACGGAAUGCUGCCUCUUCCACCCCUAUGUCCAAAUUUUCAGGGACUACAGACCCCAGCUGUGUAUCCUAACUGUUCUAGCUUCUCCUGCCCUUGGUGGGGAUGGGCUGUCAGAACUGCAAGGGAGGAACACUGGGAUUAGAGUGGGAGUGGGCUUCUUCCUUCAAGAUCUCAGUCUCUCAGUGCUUGGCAGAGGGGCAGGGCCCUGGGGAGGCAGGGGUUGGUGCCCUGACUCCCGUGAGGGGAAUCUCAGUAGCUGGGAAUUAUGGAAAAACUCUUCCUGUUUCUGCCCAUCUUGUUCCUGUGGCUUAGCACAUACAGACCUCAGAUCUUACUUGGUAGUGAGUGCCUUGCCCUCUCCGAGCUAUUUGGCCACUUCCCUGCCCCUCUGACUCCUACCGUCCCAAUUUGCUCCCUCCCUGUGUGUCACUAGAGAAAAAAACAAAAAAACCUAGAUCCCGGAUUAGGGGAUGACAUCCCAAACAGCCUGGAGUAUUUGAGAAGGCUCAGGCAACGAGUGGGCCACAUCUCACUUCUGCUUCCUCCAUCUCAACCCACCCUGAAAAUGUGCAGCACCCUCACUGGUUCCUGCCCCUCGCAAGGAGGGUGCCUGAGUGUUGCCCUCUGGGAAUGCUCAGUUCUCCUGGCCCUAGGACCUACUUAUUAAACUUUUUUUUUUUUUUUUUUUUUCCUUGAUCUGCUUUUGGCAAGGGAAGAGACCCCCAACUCUGUGUCCCUACUCCAUGUUGCUGAUCCCCACCUGCACACUAUAACCCAGGGUCAGCAGUAGAAUGAAGGGCCUUAGAACCUGCAUAGAAGAAAUGAACUCACUGCAUUUCUGUAUUCCCUUCUCCCUCGCAACAAACUCCUAGCUCUACAAGUAUAUUUAUUUAUUCAUCUAUUUAUUUACUUAUUUAUUUAUUUAUUUAUAAAUAUUGCUAUUUAUUGCCGAGUUGUGCACUUUGGGAUAGAGUGAGGGGCUCCCAGCAGCUCUCGCUGGGUCUUUCUUGCUUCCUCCCUGUUACUCCUCUCCUUUUCUUGCUCCUUCUUCAACUCUUGGUGUGUGUGAGCAUGCCCUUUGCUCGCCACACCAUAUCCUUUCCCCAGAUCCACCUGUCCUGACACUGUAGUCCUCCAGGAUAGUGCUCCUCCCCCAGCUUCGGGGCUCCUGGAUGUCCUUCCUCAACGCCCUCCACCCCUAGACAGUCCCACCCGGUCCCGUCUGCCUAUUUUCUCUCCCCAGCCUGCCCUGUGACCCUUGCUUCUUCCUGAUACUCCCAAGAGCAGGCCCCAGGGGUCUGUGUCCUAUAUCUGUGUGUGAUUCCUUCUGGUUGCAUUCCCAAUUUCAUACAAAAGGAAAAAUAAAAGUGACCUCGUUCUAGCACCAGG